CCCGCACAUACUGUACUGUACACGGCGAGGAUGCUGCAGACAACAUGAGGUGAAUACCAUCGGCGAAACUGGAAAUUCUUUUUUUUUUUUACACGCUCAAGACUGAAGACCUGGCUGUCGCAGCUGGUUAUUCACCAUCCCGGUACCAGUGUCCAGCAGGAGCAUCAACUCACAUCAGAUAGGAAGAAGAUGUCUUCAGUCAAAUCCUAGGUGACAUCCUGUGGCCGUCAGGUCUUUACGGUGUUCAGCCCCCUCCCUGUCCCGGCCCCUACCUGCAGUUCUCCAGGCUGCAGGACCCAGUCUCACUGAAAAGUGCAGGCCUCCUCCCCUUGCAGAAUGACUGUUGCCACAGGCGACCCCUCUGAUGAGGCGGCUGCACACCCGGGCCACCCGCAGGACUAUGACCCGGAGGCGGACCAUGAGUGUUGUGAGAGGGUGGUCAUCAACAUCUCAGGACUGCGCUUUGAGACUCAACUCAAAACCCUCUCCCAGUUCCCAGAGACUCUGCUGGGGGACCCCAAAAAGAGGAUGCGGUACUUUGACCCACUGAGGAAUGAGUACUUUUUUGACAGAAACAGACCCAGCUUUGAUGCCAUAUUGUAUUAUUACCAGUCAGGGGGGCGGCUAAGAAGGCCAGUCAACGUCACCCUUGAUAUUUUCUCAGAGGAGAUUCGCUUCUACGAAUUGGGCGAGGAGGCCAUCGAGAUGUUUAGAGAAGACGAGGGUUUUAUCAAGGAGGAGGAGCGGCCUCUUCCUGAUAACGAGUUUCAGAGACAGGUGUGGCUGCUUUUUGAGUACCCAGAGAGCUCAGGUCCUGCUAGGAUUAUUGCCAUAAUCUCUGUCAUGGUCAUCCUGAUAUCCAUAGUCAGUUUCUGCCUGGAGACUCUCCCCAUUUUUCGCAAUGACGAUGAGGAUAUGCACAAGUCUCACGCAAAAGUCUUUUCACCUGAAACCAACACUACAAUCAUCAGCUAUACAUCCACCUACUUCACUGAUCCCUUCUUUAUCCUUGAGACUCUCUGCAUUAUAUGGUUCUCGUUUGAGUUUCUAGUCCGCUUCUUCGCCUGCCCCAGCAAAGCAGGCUUUUUUGGUAAUAUAAUGAACAUUAUUGAUAUUGUUGCUAUCAUCCCUUACUUCAUCACUCUUGGCACAGAGCUAGCAGACAGCCCAGAGGAUGGUCAAGCGGGUCAGCAAGCCAUGUCUUUAGCCAUUCUCAGGGUCAUCCGCUUAGUACGAGUCUUUAGAAUUUUCAAGCUCUCACGUCACUCCAAGGGGCUUCAGAUUUUGGGUCAGACCCUGAAAGCCAGUAUGAGAGAGCUUGGCCUGCUCAUUUUCUUCCUCUUCAUAGGAGUCAUUCUCUUCUCAAGUGCUGUCUACUUUGCUGAAGCAGAUGAGCCCGAAUCACAGUUUGAAAGCAUCCCAGAUGCGUUUUGGUGGGCUGUAGUGUCCAUGACAACAGUCGGCUAUGGUGAUAUGGUCCCAACUACGAUUGGCGGCAAGAUCGUGGGUUCACUCUGUGCCAUUGCGGGUGUGCUGACCAUUGCCUUGCCUGUGCCUGUCAUUGUGUCCAACUUCAACUACUUCUAUCACCGUGAGACUGAAGGUGAAGAACAGGCGCAGUACCUGCAGGUCAAUGUGCCCAAAGCCGAUUCAGCCGAGGAGCUAAAGAAGAGCCGCAGUGGCUCCACCAUCAGUAAAUCAGACUAUAUGGAGAUCCAGGAGGCUGUGAAUAACAGCAACGAGGACUUUCAGGAGGAGAACCUUAAGACGGCCAACUGCACACUGGCCAACACAAACUAUGUAAACAUCACCAAAAUGCUCACAGACGUGUAGUCAUCUGCUAUAUUCCUCCCCGUCAUUGUGGGAAAUGUUGAGCUGAGCAAGUGGAUGGGCCAGGUGUACAGCCUCCCACCUCACGUGUGCUGGAAAAAUCAAGGCAAUAGAAUUCAGGAUAUUGAUGAUAGACAGUGAAAAAAAUAUUACAAAGACCAUCUGCUCACGCCACACUCAUCCUGUCUUCACUCCUCACAACUUGCCCUUAAAACUCCUGUUAACUGUCAAACAGAGUGAAAUUUCAAAUUUUGCAUUCUGCAUGGAGUUGGCUUUGUCUGUGCUGCUUUAUUUUGUGUUUUUUAAAAAAAGAAUAACAAUACCUAAAGAUUUCCUGCUCACAACAGUAGCCAACAGUAGUGCACAAAAAGAAAAGAAAAAAGGGACAAACACAGCAAGAAAAAAAAAUGCAUUUAUUGCUUUCAAAAAAGAAAAAAAGCAACAAAACACAGACCCUGUUUUAGUCCCCUGUCCCUUGGUCCCUCCUUUCCCAAGGCACACUGCUCUGCCAUGCGCUUUCUGAAGAGCUCUACUUGCGCGCUACAUAUGCUGCUUC